UACUCCGAGAGUACCAUGCUGAGUACCAGUAGCUCCAGCAGCAGCAGAGAAGCAGCUUCGGCACAAUGAAGAUCAAACGACAGAAGCAGGCGAAGAAAACCAUCAGCUUUUACAAGUACAACUUUGGUUUUCGGGAACCUUUUCAAAUAUUGAUCGAUGGGACUUUCUGUCAAGCAGCGUUGAAGAAUAAGAUCCAAAUCAAAGAGCAAAUGCCCAAGUACUUUAUGGGAGAAGUCCAACUUUGCACCACAAACUGUGCACUGAAGGAACUUGACAGUCUUUCAAAAGACCUGUAUGGAGCUAAACUCAUCUUGCAGAGAUUUCAGGUACGGAGGUGUAAACACAGCAAAGAGCCCGUCUCUGCAUCCCAGUGCCUGCUGUCAAUGCUCGGACAGACAAAUCCACAUCACUACUUUGUUGCGACACAGGAUCGAGAGUUGACAGCAAGCCUGAUGGAGAUUCCUGGCGUUCCUCUGCUCUAUAUAAUCCAAAACACCAUAGUGCUGGAGAAACCCUCGGGGCGUUCUCAGAAGCACGUGGAAGCAGUACAGCUGGGUGAGCUGGUGAGCCCGACCGAGCAGCAGAGCCUCCAGAACCUGAAAGCCGAGCAGGGCCUCAGCAAGGAUGGGGAGGAGAGGCGGGGAAAAAAACGCAAGAGGAAAUCGGGCAACCCCAACCCCCUGAGCUGCCUGAAAAAGAAGAAGAAACCAAUGCCGCAGCACCCCAAAAAAACAGACGAAGAAAAAAAGAAGAGGAGCAGGCACAGGAAAAGGAAACCUGCUGAUCUGACUGUCAGUGUGAAUGCAAGCACUUCCAGUGCUCAGUCAUGACUUGUUUUCUUCCCCUCAGCCCUGUGCAAAUGCUGUGAUGCUAUAGACUGAAUGUUUAAAAGUCCAUGUGUUUUCCAUAGGCACCCAAGUUUUCUGUUAAACCAUUUAUUAAGGUUAGAUGUCAAAUAAACAGCUGUAGCUUAUGUUUUCA